UUGAAUUGAAAAAGGAGGAAACCAUCCCGCUCUCUCAUUUCAAAUCCAACCAGGCAGGUACCGUCUCUCCCUGUAAGAAGCGAAGAGAGAGAGAUGGCGGCGAACAUCGGAACGAUGGACUCGGCAUAUUUUGUUGGAAGAUCGGAGAUCUUGGCGUGGAUCAACUCCGCUCUCCAACUCAAUCUCUCCAAAGUCGAAGAGGCGUGUUCUGGAGCCGUUCACUGCCAGCUGAUGGACGCCCUCCACCCGGGAAUGGUGCCGAUGCACAAGGUCAAUUUCGAUGCCAAGAACGAGUACGAGAUGAUACAGAACUACAAGGUUCUUCAGGACGUCUUUAACAAACUCAAGAUCAACAAGCACAUUGAGGUGAGCAAGCUAGUGAAAGGGAGGCCCCUGGAUAAUCUGGAGUUGAUGCAAUGGAUGAAGCGGUACUUUGAUUCAGUUAAUGGAGGCAAUCUACAUGGUUACAAGCCUUUGGAAAGGAGAGAGACUUCAAAAGGGGGAAAAGAAGUGAGCAAGAAGUCUGCACCAUCACAGACCUCUAACAAGUCUUCCACAGCUGCUGCCAAGGCACAGGCCUCCCAUAAUCCUCGGAAGAAUGAUGUCAACUCUGUUCAUCAGUCUGCUAAGAGCUCUAGACCUUCUUCCAGUGGAGGGCCAGCUUAUGAUGAACAGAUCACAGAGUUGAAGUUAUCAGUGGACAGUCUAGAGAAAGAAAGGGACUUCUACUUUGCAAAGUUGAGGGAUAUUGAGAUCUUGUGCCAGUGUCCAGAGAUUGAAAAUUUGCCUGUAGUUGACGCAAUAAAAAGAAUUUUGUAUGCAACAGAUGAUAGUGCAGCUUUGGUGGCUGAAGCUCAAGCCUUGAUAUCCCAGCACCAGAAGGAGACUCAACUAUUGAGUCCCAUUUAUGAAGUGCCUGAAGCUGGGCUAAACACAGAUACCCAGAAGAGGAAAAAUAUCAUCAAUUCUGAGGUUGAUGAUGCUGCUACAAUUGUGUUGUCUCCAAGGCAAAGGAUUUCUGAUGCUUCUGAUGUCCAUUGCAGUGGAUCACCACUUGUGACUUACUGAGCCUCUCUCACCAUCCUGCCAUUUUGUUGCUCUUUUUAGUUGGUUUGUCAAAAGUCAUCUAGUUCAAGGGUUCUGGAUUUCACAGUUCACAAUCUACAGUAUUUCAUAGUCUCUUCCCUCCUUGUGUUGUCUGUAUUCAUAAAAAUAAUCUCUCCCCUUUGCUUCAAGUUUUUACUUGGACUUAUUCUCUGAAUUGGACCAAAUGUUUACUGGUCUUCGACCUUGAUUCUUAUUUUUGCCUGCCAUUAUUCAUGUUGAAUGACGCUGAAAUCCAAAAUUUUUUCUGAUGUAACUGUUGCCACCAGUCUUGUUCUUGGAGUGUGACACAUGUACAUAUAC